AUGUUUAUUACACAAAAAGAUGAAUCUGAUCAAUCAAAUACAUUAUAUUCAGAAUCAUCAAGUCAAAUUAUAAAAAAUUGGAGUAAAAAAGUUGUAAACGUAAAAAAUAAUUUAAAAUCCUUCAAUCAGUAUCGGGAAGCUGCAGAUGCACAAAAUAAGCUUGCAAUAUAUGAAAAUGAUGAAGGAAAAGAGAAAAGUUUAGAAAAGGCAUUUUAUAUGUAUGAAAAAGCCACUGAAACUAAUGAUGCAGAUGUACAAUACAGUCUUCUUGUUGCAAAUUAUAAUGAAAAGGCAUUUCAUUAA